GGGGCGCGCGUCUUCCACCACCCGCGAGCGCGGGCUGCGGUUCUCCUGGCCUCGACUGGUUGCGCCCGGCCUGCCCGCCUCCGGAGUCGCCUCUGCCCACGGAUGGGCUGGGGAAGUGGGGAGGAGCGAGCCGGAGCCCGCGCGGGGCGCGCCCAGCCGCUGCCUGACUCGGCGCUCGCAGUCCGGGCGCAGCGCGCCAGCCGCAGGAGCGUGGGUGCCCCCCGGAGCCGCGGGCUGGCAGGUUUGGGGUCCUGAGGCUGCCAGCGGACUAUGGGUACUACGGCCAGCACAGCCCAGCAGGCGGUUUCGGCGGGCGCCCCCUUCGAGGGCCUCCAGGGGGGCGGCACGAUGGACAGUCAGCACUCACUCAGUGUCCACUCCUUCCAGACCAUGGGCUUGCACAACAGUAAGGCCAAGUCCAUCAUCCCCAACAAAGUGGCCCCCGUCGUGAUCACGUACAACUGUAAGGAGGAGUUCCAGAUCCAUGAGGAGCUGCUCAAGGCCCAUUACACGCUGGGCCGGCUCUCAGAUGCCACCCCCGAGCACUACCUGGUGCAGGGACGCUACUUCCUGGUGCGGGAUGUUGCUGAGAAGAUGGAUGUACUGGGCACUGUGCGGAGCUGUGGGGCCCCCAACUUCCGGCAAGUGCGGGGUGGCCUCACCGUGUUUGGCAUGGGACAGCCCAGCCUCUCUGGUUUCAGGCAGGUCCUCCAGAAACUCCAGAAAGAUGGACACAAGGAGUGCAUCAUCUUCUGUGUGAGGGAGGAGCCCGUGCUGUUUCUGCGUGCUGAGGAGGACUUCGUGCCCUACACACCUCGAGAUAAGCAGAAUCUUCAUGAGAACCUCCAGGGCCUGGGACCUGGGAUCCAGGCAGAGAGCUUAGAGCUGGCCAUCCGGAAAGAGAUCCAUGACUUUGCCCAGCUGAGCGAGAACACGUACCACGUCUACCACAACAUCGAGGACCUGCUGGGGGAGCCCCACGCUGUGGCCAUCCGGGGCGAGGACGAUGUGCACGUGACCGAGGAGGUGUACAAGCGGCCCCUCUUCCUGCAGCCUGCCUACAGGUACCACCGCCUGCCCCUGCCAGAGCAAGGGGCCCCCCUGGAAGCCCAGUUUGAUGUCUUUGUGAGUGUCCUCCGGGAAACCCCCAGCCUCCUGCAGCUCCGAGAUGCCCACGGGCCUCCCCCUGCUCUCCUCUUCAGCUGCCAGACAGGCGUGGGCAGGACCAAUCUGGGAAUGACCCUGGGUACUCUCAUCUUGUUUCACCACAGCAGGGCUGCCUCAAGGCCGGAGGCUGUCCCCCCGCAUACCAAGCCACUGCCCCUGGAGCAGCUCCAGCUGAUCCAGAGUUUUCUCCACAUGGUGCCUCAGGGGAGGAAGAUGGUGGACGAGGUGGACAGAGCCAUCACCGCCUGUGCCGAGCUGCAUGACCUGAAGGAGGUCAUCUUGGAGCCCCAGAGGAAGCUGGAAGGCCCCCGGCCAGAGAGCCCAGCCCAGGGAAGCUGCAGCCAGCACGGUGUCCGGCAGAGAGCGCUGCAGAGCCUGGAGCGAUACUUCUACCUGAUCCUGUUUAACUACUAUCUCCACGAACAGUAUCCGCUGGCCUUUGCCCUCAGUUUCAGCCGCUGGCUCUGUGCCCAUCCUGAGCUGUACCGCCUGCCUGUGACUCUGAGCUCAGCGGGGCCUGUGGCCCCCGGGGACCUCGUCACUAAGGGCUCUCUGGGGGCGGACGACCUCAUCUCUCCAGACGCACUCAGCACCGUCAGAGAGAUGGAUGUGGCCAACUUUCGACGGGUGCCCCGCAUGCCCAUCUAUGGCACAGCCCAGCCCAGCGCCAAGGCCCUGGAGAGUAUCCUGGCCUACCUAACUGAUGCCAAGAGGAAGCUACGGCAUGUCGUGUGGGUCAACCUGAGGGAGGAGGCCGUGCUGGAGUGUGAUGGGCAUACCCACAGCCUGCGGUGGCCUGGGCCCCCCAUGGCCUCCGACCAGCUUGAGAACCUGGAGUCCCAGCUGAAGGCCCACCUGAGUAUGCCUCUCCCAGGCACGGGGGGUGCACCGACCCGCAGGUUCCAGACAUGCCUCACCACGCAGGAGGUCUUCACCCAACACCGUGGGGCCUACCCCGGCCUCACUUACCACCGCAUCCCCCUGCCAGACUUCUGCGCCCCCUGCGAGCAGGAUUUUGACCGACUGCUCGAGGCUCUGCAGGCUGCCCUCGCCAAGGACCCGGGCACUGGCUUCGUGUUCAGCUGCCUCAGUGGCCAGGGCCGGACCACGACCGCCAUGGUGGUGGCCGUGCUGGCCUUCUGGCACAUCCAGGGCUUCCCCGAGGUGGGCGAGGAGGAGCUCGUGAGUGUGCCUGAUGCCAAGUUCACCAAGGGCGAGUUUGAGGUGGUGAUGAGGGUGGUGCAGCUGCUACCCGACGGGCACCGCGUGAAGAAGGAGGUAGAUGCGGCCCUGGACACAGUCAGUGAGACCAUGACGCCCAUGCACUACCACCUGCGGGAGAUCAUCAUCUGCACCUACCGCCAGGCAAAAGCGGCCAAAUCAGAGCCGGAGGCUGGGAGGUUGCGGCUGCGGAGCCUGCAGUACCUGGAGCGCUACGUGUACCUGGUGCUCUUCAACGCUUACCUCCACCUGGAGAAGGCUGACUCCUGGCACAGGCCCUUCAGCUCGUGGAUGCGGCAGGUGGCAUCGAAGGCCGGAGUCUAUGAGAUCCUCAACCAGCUGGGCUUCCCCGAGCUCGAGAGCGGGCAGGACCAGCCCUUCUCCAGGCUGCGCUGCCGGUGGCAGGAGCAGAGCCGCAGGCCCGAGCCCUCCACCGCUGGGGACUUCCUGUAG